CGCCAUGGCGUCUAUAUAAACCUUUACCUCACCUGUCUCGUCUGCAGAUCAGUCUCGAGAGAGACCUGUGAACUCUGCAUGCUGCUUGCGGCUGGAGUGUCGAUCCGUGACAGGGUCAGGGAGAGUAAAAGGGCUUGCGCUUCUCGUCUCGCUCCGCAGCAGCUCAAGAGGCACGUGACGUGGACAUCGAAGCUCGCAGUGCGUGAUUUGAUGGUGGAUUGAGGGAGAGAGAGUGAGAGUGUAGAGCAGGCGCGGAAGAAGUUCAUGUAUUUUGGGGUCGAAGAAGAGCAAAAAAGAAGCUGGCGCCGGGCUCUCGUUGUCGUGGGGCUGAUCGGAGUGGUCGUCUUCGAGCGGUGCCACUGACUGAUCUGUCCCAGUGGUGGGUUGGGAGCCGUAGCUCGAGUUCACCCAGGGUAGAGCAGGCAGGCAAGCAGGCUGGCCGUGUGAUACCUCCUCCUGCUGCUGCAGAAGCGAAUUGGUUCCGGGCAAGUCAGGAGCUCACUCCUCGCACCAAGCAAUGGAUCCAGCUUCCGCUUGCAGAAUAGGGCGUACCGCUAACAGAGCAUGGGGUGUAGCUGCAAUAAUUUUGUCUGUCUUUGUGACAUUUAUCGUAGGGCAGACUGCUCACACAGCGAACGGCAAGUUCGACGACUUCUAUGAGGUCACUUGGGGCCACGAUCACGUAUCGGUGGUCGAUGGAGGCAGUUCGGUUCAACUCGCUCUGGAUCAGGUCAAUGCGUCGUCGUUUGCGUCGAAGAGCAAAUACUUGUUCGGUUACUUCAGCACGGGCAUCAAGCUGGUGCCUGGAAAUUCCGCGGGGACCGUGACGGCUUACUACUUUUCAUCCGAGACCGGAGACGUGAGGGACGAGCUGGAUUUCGAGUUCCUCGGCAACAGCACAGGCGAGCCUUACGUGCUUCAGACGAACGUGUUCGCCAAUGGAAUCGGUCGGCGCGAGCAGCGUAUCUACCUCUGGUUCGACCCCACGCAGGAAUUGCACCAGUAUUCAAUUCUUUGGAACCGUAAUCAGAUUGUUUUCUACGUGGACGACUACCCGAUCAGGUUCUUCGAGAACAAGGAGGACGAAGGAAUUGCGUUCCCGACGUCUCAGCCUAUGGGCAUCUACGCGAGCAUAUGGAAUGGCGACAUUUGGGCGACGCAGGGUGGCGCUGUGAAAUUGAAUUGGACCUACGCUCCGUUCGUGUCAGAAUUCGGUAACUUCGAAAUCGAAGGGUGCGACACCGUCAACAAUGUGAACUGCGCGUCCGCCAGCGGUUGGUGGGCAGGAUCAGAGUACCAAAAUAUGAAUGCCGCUGACACGAGCAAGCUCAAGUGGGUGCAACAGAACUACAUGGUUUAUGACUACUGCUACGACACCACCAGAUAUCCCACCCCUCCUCUGGACUGCACCCACAAGCCGGCGCCAUAAUCCCCCGUCGACAUCAUAUCCUCUGACAGAGGGACGUCCCAUGCGUGAACUCCGGCGCUCUUCUACUUCUCUGGGCUUUCGGCGGAACGUCUGAGUUAAGAGUUUUGCCACAUCUGGACGUCCCCGCCUCUGGACUCUAUAGAUUACAACUCGCAUGCGCGGGCUUUACUGGCCCAAAAGUUGGUUCUGACAUGACUAAGUAGCAGCAGCAGCUUAUAAGUGCGGAAUUGUAGAUAAAUGUUAUUCACAGCAAAAGAUGAUUUGACUUGACUUGGGUUUACGAAACCGGCAGCAGCUCGGUUAUUAAAACAAACAGCCACGACGCUCGGAUCAGAAAGAGUUCAGUGUACCCAUUCUAUAAUAAUGGGCAAAUUCUUGCGUUUUCUAAUUUACUCAUCAUUCCGUUU